CAUCCCCCACCAACCAGCCACCAAAAUAAACAUGUUCACAUGGACACAUGCAGCAAUGCUUAUAGGAAAAUGCUGCGCACACGAGUGUGAAGUCGACUAGCAGCCUCUCCAAACGACUUUCAUCCCCUUGAGUUCCAUGGCGCCCUUGGGUCGCUCAGAAAUUUUAGCAACCGAUGAGAAUCAGAGUACUACUAGUGACUCCACUUCUAACAAGAUCUACAUUAUCAUUGUCGUCGUUGCAGUGCUCCUCUUGAUGGCAGCAAGGAUAUAUAUUGUGCGGAGGAGAAGACGAUCUCUCAGGUCGUCAAAUCCUUAUGACAACUCUCAGGCUCCCGAAAACAAUAUAUUCAGUUCUUCAUAUCAACCCUCUUAUCGGAUGCAUCGUCUUACCCCUCUUCCAUCGGUUUAUCACCCUGAUCGCAGAGUCAAUGCUGCGGAUACUGAUUCUGCCGGGCGCAGAACUGGGGGGCCUGAUGAUCCAGACUGGGAUGGGAAAGAUAUACUUCCUGCCUACAAUAAAUUUGAUCGCCCUCCCAAAUACGACCUUGGUGGAGUGCUACCCGCUCAAGGAUAUACACCAUCUGCUGGGAAUCACCCACGCAACGACACAGUUAUGGCAAGCACUGAAGCCAUUCCUGUUGUCGAAGAUCAAUCCAUGGCUUCUGUAAGGACUGGUCCCUCUGACGGAGAUGAUUCCGCUCUGUCUGCGCCGCGCCACGAGGCAUCUAGCUAAUGUUAUGAUUUGUAAUCGUUACAUUACUAAUUUACCGCACCGACUUGGCACAGACUGUCUCGGACUCCGGACUUCAUCGAUCAUCUGUUGUAUACUUUACCACCAGAUACCCUUUACGUUUUCUCUAGCACGAUUCUACG